UGGACUUUUUGCCAGUUUUAAUAUUAUAGCAUUUGCAUCCAGUUGUAGAUUGUUGUUCAACCUAUGAUUACUUUACAGUAGUAAUAUGUUGGAAGAAUUUGAUUUGACUCCAAUCUCUCUCUCUCUCCCGUCUAGCUUUCUCUUUGGGUGGGUCCAGUGUUGUCGUUGUUGUCUCACAAAAAGUCACACAUGGAUUUAAAAAAUGCUGUAUUUACUUUUGAUAAUGUCUGCCCAUUACCUUUUUUCCUCCUCCCAUCAAUGUUUUACAUUUCCUGUUGUCUCACUCUAUUUGUCCCUCUCUUUUUCAGGCUGGAAUGAAGACUUACAGAUAGUGUGUUCUGGUCGAGAGUUCCGUCUGCCGGUCUACUCAGGGUCAAGAAUUGUGACCUUUACCCCCAACUACCCUCCAGGACCAAGAAGAGUGCUUCUGGAGAACAACAAUUUGAAGGACCCACGGUUUGAGUGGACGAAAGAUAGGACGUUGCUGCUGAAGGACGUCACACACCGUGACCAAGGGCUUUACUCUAUCAAACUGUCCUCUGGAUUCACCUACGAGACAGUUCGCCUCACUGUCUCAGAAUGUAUAAAAACCUUCAGACGGGGCUAUGGGGAAACCUUUCAGCACAACAUCCCUAAAUAUGGCUCCCUGCUGGAGUUCUCUCCCCGGGGCUCCCCCCCUGACUCCCAGCCGGUAUUACUGUGGAACCGGACGGACCCUGAGACCAGCGAGGCGGGCCGGGGGAGGCUAGGGUCAGAUGGGAGGGUCUGGGUGGCAGAGAGGGUGACCCAGGCAGACCAGGGAAACUACACCAUCCGAGACGAGAACGGGAAAGUAAUCUCCCGCAGCAAAUUGACUGUCAAUGGGCACACCUUCAAUGUCACCCGCUUCUUCAAGGAGUCUCUAAACCUUCCCCUCUUUCUCCCUGUCCCACAUGUCCACCUCAUUUUUACCCCGUCACUGCACCUCUCCGACCUCUCCAACCCCUCCAACGUGCCCCUUGACUCCCGGUACUCCCGCCCCGUGCAGCUGAUCAGGGACGGCCAGAUCGUGGACCAGGAUCCCCGGUACUGGGGCCUCAUCUCUCUGGGGAGAAACGGGACUGUCAAUGAGUUUGUCAUCACCAGGCUGAGUGCAAAGCAUGAUGGGAUGUAUGAGAUCCGAGAUCAGGACGGCAACCUGGUGUCGUCCACCGUUCUCCAUGUGGUCGAUAAGACUGCUAGAUGGAGAGCAGUCCUCAAAUCCAUCAGUGUUCCUUCUGGCAUGUUUGUGACUUUGGCUGGUUUCAUCCUGUUUAUGAAGCGCUACCCUAACUGCAGCCUCACUAUGAUCAUCAACGGCCUAAGAGGUCACCACACACCAGCAGCUAACCCUCCAAGAGCCAAUGUCCAGCAGGACUACAGUCCACCCAGCCUCCAGCCGUCUGGCUUUUACGGUCAUUCACAGCAGAUUGUUACCCCAAAAAUAUGGAGCCCCAGACCUACAAAUUCGGGUUAUACUCCUGUCGUGGACAGUGCACCACUUGUAGUGGACAGUGGACCACAGCCCUCUCCUGAGCCAGUGAGGACAGCGAGACAACAGGAGGCAGAUGGACUUAGAGUUGAUACUGCCACUACUCACACUCCUAGUAAAGAGGAGACUGCUGACGGAGAGAGGGAGAUCUCCUUUUCUAUCGCUGGCACCUCAGACUGCCUCCACUCAUCUGAAGACUGCUUUCAGUUCCAGAUCAAGAAAGAGGGAGACAAGCAGAGAUGGAGCAAAGCAAAAUACUACUUCUCCACACUUCCACUGGACACAGAUACCUCGGAGACUUGCAGCGUCUACACUUCUGAUAAACUCAACUUCUUAUAGAGCACAGAGAAGAGGACUGAACGGAGGUAAAGGAAGAGGGAGGAGAGAAAAUAGUGGAGGGCGAUAUGAUGAAACUGUUCAUGGCUGAUUUUGUCACUAUAGUGCCUUCACUCUCAGAACCCUAUUUGGACCUGUUUGGGUAUUGCGUAUUACUUCACAAUUUCUUUAUGAUCAUGUCAUUAUCAUUUCUUUUAAGCAUGAGAUGAGCAAUAUCCUCCAUUUUGGCAUGUCACUCCUUUGUACAACUGGAUAGGUAAUGUUCCCAAAAAUCGAACGAUGACUUUGCUAACUACCUACCUACCUACCUACCAAGGAACCCUCAGGACCACACAUUUAACUCAAGGAACCCUCAGGACCACACAUUUAAACCUGUACUGUAAGCUAUAAUGUCUGUAUAUGUGUGUAAAUAUAUGGAAGUUAUGUUAGGAUGGAGAAGAGAUGGCCAGGUUAAAGAACAUAUUUCGUAGUAGAAUAUGGGAAUUGCCUCUCAAUUUAAAAGCAUAUCUAACUGCAUGUGUUCCUACUAUUAAUCAAGUAAAUUAACACAAAAUAACAAACUAUCUUUUAUUAGAUUACAUAUUUUUUAUGUAAGAUAUGUGUUGUUUGUGAUUGCCAUAAAAUGGUGUACAUGAUUAAAUUACUGUUACAUUAUUUUCACCAGGUAUUCACAUUGUCAUUGAGGUUUUAUAGAAUGAUACCAAUAAAGAGAUCAUAAUCCAAUCUGAAAGUAUGUCAAUAUGAUGUUUUGAAGUAAUAUACUUUUACCAAUGUGUUAUUGUGUAUUAACGUGUCAUUGGUUUGUUAGUCAAGUAAUUAA